UCCCAACACUUCUCAAUGCUUAAUUUAAACUGGGCGCUCAGGGACAUGGCGGUGGGGACGCUGCCGUUCUUCAUUGUUUUCGGUGGAGCUGCGCCUUAUAUUCCCCAGUAUCUUGAAAUUAGACGAUUGAAAAAUUCAGACGGAUUUUCGCCUUACGUUUGCCUCGCCCUCAUUGUGGCCAAUCUUCUUAGAAUUGGGUUUUGGUUUGGACAGCCCUUUCCCACUCCUCUACUGUUCCAGUCCUUCCUGAUGGUCACUACAAUGAUGUUUAUGCUGCAUGCUUGUGUCAAGUACAGGCAAACUCGUUUCGCAGACGAAAAGGACCACUUCAUCUCAGAUCUCGAGUGGUCGUACUUCUGGCAGUGGUCCGACUACGCCAGCUACGUAAAAUUCACGGCGCUCUUCGUCGUUCUGGUUGGUGUGCCCUGCUUCACCUUCAGUCCCUACUACUUCUUUGUACAGACCCUCGGCUUCGUAGCUCUCUUCAUUGAGGCUCUGUUGGGUGUUCCUCAAUUCCUACAAAACUACAAACACUCAUCCACCAUUGGAAUGAGCCUUGAGAUGGUGCUGAUGUGGACGGUGGGCGACCUGUUCAAGACAAUUUACUUCCUCAUGUCCAAGUCACCCGUCCAGUUUACGGUCUGCAGUUGCAUUCAGAUAUCGGUGGAUUUCGCCAUCCUCUUGCAAUUCAUAUACUAUAGUCGAAAACAGACGAAAACAGACACGCGCCUCGUGGCCUGA